AUGGCUCUCUUUCCUCUUUUUGCUUCUUUUCAUAAACAACAAUCUUCUCAAUAUUUACCUUGUUUUUAAUAGAUGGAAUGUGAGAAGAACCUAAGAUAUUUGACACGAUACAAACUUCUCUUGCUCUAUUUCCCUAUAAUAGUAGCAGAUUUACUCGGCAAAUAUAUUAUAAUGGUGAUGAAUGGUUAGCAGUGGUGAUUUUGGUGAUUUCUGGACCACAGAUGUUUACUUGUGUCGUGGUGUUAGCCGGAAUUUUUUUGCUUCUUCCUUUGAAAUACUGAAGCUCUGCUUUUCGUUGUUUGCUGCAUUUGUUCCUUUAGUUACUGUCAGUAUUUCAUGCAUUUGUUUGUGAUACAUGUUAUGUCUUAUGGAUGGUUUGUCCAUCCAAAUUUCAGGAAAGUGAAAGUGAAGAACUUCUUGAUGAAGAAGGUGAUGAUGAUGUGGAGGAAGACCAUGAUCACGAAGCGGAGGUGCAAGAGCAGCCUGAUCCAAUUGUGAAAAAGCCUGUAGAAACUUCUCAGGCAGUCAAAGAAACAGAAAGACAGCUCUCCAAGAAGGAGAGAAAGAAAAAGGAGCUUGCGGAACUGGAUGCCAUUUUGGCUGAUCUUGGAGUUACCCCUACACAGAAAGAGCAAGAUGAGUCAACUGAUGCUACUAAAGAAAAGAAAGAAGGUGAAUCGAAUGGAGAUGCUGAGAAGAAGGAUAAUCUCCCUGCAGAAUCUAAAAGUACAAAAAAGAAGAAAAAGAAGGAUAAGGUUUCAAAGGAGGUUAAGGAACAUGAGGAUCAAGCCAACUGCUCGAAUGUUUCUAAUGGUCUAGAAGAAGCUGCUGGAACCGAACAGGGAGAAGAAGAUGCAUCUGCUGUUGAUGUGAAGGAGCGUCUGAAGAAGUUGGCAUCUUCUAAGAAGAAGAAAUCUAGCAAAGAGAUGGACGCCGCUGCUAGAGCUGCAGCUGUGGAAGCCGCUGCAAGGAGUGCAAGACUUGCUGCUGCUAAGAAGAAAGAGAAGAACCAUUACAACCAGCAGCCAAUGCGGUAGGAGCAGCAAAGUUGUCGAGCUACAUACUGAUGGAGAUGAAUGUCUUUUUACAUUUUUGUCUUCUGGAAUAAACUUUGGGUGCCUCUUGCUUUAUGAUAGAUGGACUUGCUAUAGUUUUACUGAUUUAAAACUCGUUUUCAUUUGGUACUCUUUUAACUCAAUGGUUCUGUUUGUAACAUAUUACUCUUUCCGACAAAACUAUCUUUUAGGUGGAAUUUUGAUGGAUGUACCUUUGUUGAAAA